ACAUCUUCAGUUUUUCAGUGUAGUUUUUCAGUAUUACCUACUUAUUUCAAGAAUUUCAAGGCAACAGGAGAUAGGGUGUAAAAUAUAUAAUAGAUACUUGUGCAGUUAGUCACAUUUUACCAAUAUUUUAGGAGAAGUCCAAGAAUAUGGGUCCACCCCCAGUUGUAACUGGUAUUUCACCCAAAGAGGGACCACCGGGAACUAGAGUCACUAUUAGAGGAGAAUUUCUAGGAACAAGUGCAAUAGAUUUGAUUGGUUUGAAAAUAUGUGGGUGUGAUUGCUUACUCUCAGCUGAGUGGAAAAGUAAAAACAAAAUAGUUGCUCGAUCUGGUCCAUGCAAAGGGCGUGGUGACAUCAUAGUCACCACUAAGUCUGGUGGAGAAGGAACUUCUACUGUUCAAUUCCGAGGGUACCAUGAAUCCAUCGGUCCCGUAAAGGAGAGUGCAGUAUGGGUUGAGGAGUCGGUGCCUCCGUCGCUGCCGUGGGGCCGCCGGCCCAUGUCGCCCACCACCUACACGCCCCCGGACCCGUUAGGGCUCUCCACUGAGGGCGAUGACUGCAAGUUUCCUGAAGAAGAACUGCAUGAGCUGUUUCCUGAUGGGUCAGGCAAGCUCUCUGAUGAAAACUUUCAACCAGGAUGGUACCUCUUGGAACAUCACAGCAACACUUCCUAUGAAGAUUUGAAAGCUGGCAUGGUGUUCUUGCAGAGAAAGGUUGAAGGCCAAAAAGAAGGGCAACUCAGCUUCCUAAAAGCAAACACUGGAGCUGUGAUGGACCAGUUGGAUCGCCUUGUUCUGCUCAAGAACAUGUAUGAGGAGGACCAAAGGAAAAGCGGCAAGGAACCAUUGCCUAGCCUACAGGCUGCUAUUGAAGACUCGAUUACCCUCGCCGACUCCUUAUUCUCGGAGAUUCUCUCGCGCAAAGAGAACGCGGAUAAGACGCGGGAAGCACUAUCCCUGCUCACACGACACAAGUUCCUCUUUCAGCUGCCCUCCUCGAUAGACAGGAACAUACGCAAGAAAGAGUACGACUUGGUCGUCAAUGACUACACCAGGGUCAAGAACUUGUUCGGGAACACUGAGAUUCAGCUGUUCCAGAAAAUCCUUGCUGAAAUCGACAAGAAAAUAGAAGACUUAAAAGAAAAACUUCAUACCAGAAUGAAGACUAUGCCCAUAAAUGUUCAAGAACAAACCAAUUACAUAAGGUUGUUGAUAAGUCUCAACUGGGAAGGUGACGCAGCGUGGACCGCGAUCACCAGCCGCAAGGACUAUCUGAUGACGCUUAUGAAUAAAGUUAAAGACCAUUUCAAACAAAAAGAAGAGCAAGAGAAUAAUGAGAAAGGCAAGCGCAAAUCUAAAGACGGUGAAAGCGAAGGAUCAUGGAGCAACACUCGCGCGGAGUGGUGCGCUGCGGCGUGCGGCGCCCUGAGCUCGGAGCUCAACGCGCUGUGGCCGCUGGCGCGCCGCUACUUCGCCGGGGAGCUCGCCGGCCAGCCCUCGGCCACCGAGCGACACGACAGCCUCAAGGAGAUGAUAAUAGCGGCGGUGGAGUUGUUUUCGGAGCAUAUGCGGGCCUGUCUGCUGAGCGGCGGCGGGAGCGGGGCGGCGCCCGACGCGCGUCUCACGGCCAACUUGCGACACCUGAGAGAGACUUACGACUCGCUGCUCAAGCUUGACCUGCCUUCCCAGCCGCUCAGCAUUGUGGAGAAGGUGAUCUUCGACUACCGCGUGCACGGCAUGACGGUGUUCCUGACCCGCGCGCACAAGCGCGUCAAGGGGCUGGCGGAGAAAGAAACCUGGAAGAUCGAGGAGUUCUCCGAUUAUGGCGCUAUCACCAACCUUCCUCACCUACUCGAAACCUAUAUGACAGAGGCGCUGGCGUCGAUCAACAAGUGCGUGUUGACCAGCGGACGGCGCGAGGCGGCGCUGCUGAGCGCUGAACCGGCGGCGCUGGCGCAGCGACACGCGCAGAACAUACUGCUGGCCUUCGUGGCCGUGCUGCGCGAACUGGCGCUCAACCACGACGCCGACCAGGACUUCAACAACACGAGCCUGUCUGUGGCACUAGACCAGCCAUUGGAUGAAAGCCGAGCAGCGGCGGGCGCGACGGCGACGGCGGGCGGGCGCACGUGGCAGCAGCGCCUGCUCAUCGCCGGCGCCAACGCGCACUACACGCGCCGCGCCCAGCUGCCGCGCCUCGCGCAGGCCUUCGUGGACUACGGCUUCCCGAAACCAGUGCAAGCGAUACAGGCUACCAAGGACGCGCUCACCAGUCUGGAAGCGAACAUCGCAGAGACGUACCUCGAGCACAAGGGCGACCCACUAGUGGGCACCAUCGAGCCCAGCAUGUAUAUGGGCCGCCACAAGCUGGACCCUGAUGCAAUGGUUGACGACGCAAGGCCCUACGUCUACGAGAUCAUCAACAACCUCAUUGCUGUGCACGCUGAGGUGGACAGCGUCUGUGGAGCUGCGUCGUCCCGCUACGUGCGGGACAUCUGCGAGACGGUGUGCGAGGAGCUGGCGCGGCUGGCGGCGUGCGCGCCCGCGCCGCUGUCCCGCGCCGCCGCCUUCCAGGCGCGCCUCGAGUACUCGCUGCUGCAGGCCGCCGCCGCCGAGCACCUCACGCGGAAGGCCGAAAAUUAUCUGAUGGAGGCGUUGGCUGGAAUCCCGCCCUUAGAGACUGAAGAGGAUAAAAAGCGGAUGGACGAACUGAUACACGGAUUCAAAAAGAGGAUGGAACUACAGCUAGCCAGUUUGAACUGCAACAUGGAAACGGUAUAAAUUAAAACGGUUUUAAUUUAAGGCGUAAAAUGGUGCUGGCAAUCGGGAAAUUGCUUAUUUUGUAUAUUCGAUACUUUAAGUUAAAAAACUUAUUAUUAUUGUUGAAAGUAUUAUAUUUAAGAAAUCUAUUUAUAAAAAUAUACUCAAUAUAAAAUAUUUUAAAUAA